UGUUGUUGUUUCUUUUUUGUUUUGUUUAUGUUCAUUUAUUUGAUCUCACAAUUUAAUCCAUUGAUUAAUUAGCAAUUAAAUCUUUAAUUAUCUUUUAAAUUUUUUGUUAAUUUCCAAGUUUGAGUUUAUCUCCAUUUUCUCAGUGAUUCUUUUGUUUUUGUCUAUUCUAUUUUUUUUCUCAAUCUUUUUCUCUCUUUGAUUUGAUUUCAUUUGAUUUUCUAUUUAUUUUUCCUAUUCGCAAUUCUCAAUGUGAAUAUUUAAUUGUUCUGAGAAUCUCUUGUAAAUUAAUAAUCUAUCACUUGAUUUACUUUAUUCACGGUGAUGUAUUAAUAGAUUGAACUUAAUCUUAGAUCCGUUUGGAUUGAUAUUCAUUUCCUGCCUCUUGGUCAUCAUCAUUAUCAUCAUCUGGCUCCUCUUAUUGAUAUAAAGUAAAUACGGAUCUAAUUAGGUGAUAAUUAGAUUAAAUUAUGGUUCAAGUUUCCCUUGGUAAAAGUUCAAUUGUCAAGAGAAAUGACCUUUGGUACAAUUGGAUCAAAUUUGGAUAAAAGUCAACAAACUAAUUUCAGGCCUAACACGAAAUUUGGACUCAACCAAAAUGUUAAUCAGCUGAUUUUGGACAUUGAUCUAAUCAUUGUAAUGAUUUAAUCCACAAUUCAUUUCAUCGUCCAAACAAUAAUGUUUCAAUUUCUGUUUAGAUACAACAAAUUAAUCCAUUUGAAUUGUUGGAAUGUAAAUUCACUUGUCAAUUAGUCAACACAUUGAUCCUGAUGAACCUAAAUGGCAAAAAAAGGUGUUAAUUUAAAUGGAGACAAUUAAUUUAUUGGAAUGAUAAACAUAAUUAGAGAGGAUGAACUAAUUGUAAUUCUCAAAUGACUGUGAUUAUUUGAAUCUACAAUCAAUCAUAUUACACCAUAGGGAUCAAGGUUCUCUCACAGAAAAUUGUUGGAAACAAUCAAAAGUAAAUCGUUGGUUAUUGAGGCUCCACAAUAUAAGUACAGAGAGAUGAUUAAAAUGUGUAAUAAUCAAUUUCUCAAUGUAUACUAAUUGUUGUAUCACUUAUUUGUGUUUACCUUUGAUGAUUAGACGGAAUUAUGGUUGUAACAAUUAAGGAAAUGUAUUUACCCAUAAAUUGGUUGAAACAACUUAAGAUGAAACCAAAUUGUCGCAAUAAGGUGAAUCCACUUAAAAAGUAAAUCCGGUUUAUUAAUCUCUUAGCAAAGUUAAUUGUUCUUAAAUUGUUCUCAAAUAUCAGUUGAUACAUGCAAGUAAACAAAGGGAACUUGAAAUUAAGGAUGAAGACCAAUUAAACAAGGAAAUUCGUCUACAUGCAAAAGCGAAAUGAAUCUAAUUUUCUCAUGAACUUUUUGCGACAAAUUCAUUUUCGAAGUUGACAAGUCACUUGUUCAAGAUUCGCACUUCGAACUCAGUUGAUUAAAAUGAGAUCGGUAAAAUGAUCUUUCGGUCGAGAGUUUCAAAUAAACUUUUCGGUAGAAUUGUCCUUCCAAUUUCUUGGGUUCGAACAAUUUAAUUACAAGAUUGAUCGAUUUAAUCAAAACAACUCAACAAAAAGUCAACUAAUUUCAGAGUUUAAGGUUAAUUGUUUGUCUCUUUCAUCAUUUGAUUUUCAUCUGUUAGUAAACAAUCAAAAGUAAUCAGCUGAUUUCUAUUUGUGUUAAUUGUUAUUCUUUGAUUGAUUUUUCUUUGUAAUAAUCACUCUACUAAAUUAGCAAUUGAAUAAGAACUCAUCAAUUAAUCCAGUUUGAUUUUCUAAUUGUGAACUUAAUGUAACUUUUUGUCCCAAGGUUAAAUUAUACCUCUUUUCCCCCAACAAAUUAAGUUAAUUAUCACAAUCUAAUCAACAAUUAAAUUCUCCUACUGUUAAUAAAAUACUCAUUGAAAUCAAAGGUACAAUCCUAUGGAUUAAAUUUAAUUAGAAAAAGUUAAUUAUAACAAUGAACCUGUUAAACGAUCCUAAUCAACUCUAAAUGAUAAUAAUCACCAAUCGGUUGGUUAAAUUUGAUUAGUAAAUUGGUUUUACUUAACAAUCAACAAUCAGAUGCGAAAGAGAAAACUAUUUUAUUUUCUAUUAAUAAGAUUAAUUGAAGCAAUUAAACAUUUCUAAUGAUGAUUCCAUUAUAUUUUCCAUACGAAUCAUUUUCUCACCAGGAUCAUGAAAAUCCUUCUCUCCGAUUCAAUUAUAAUCAUGAAAGUGAUGCAAAGUAGAUGAAGAAUAAGAGUAUUUACCUGUUAAUCCAUUAGAAUGGAUAACAAAAGGAUAAGAUUAAAUGGCGAUGAUUAGAAUUCACGAAAGCGUAAACAUGCAAAAGAGAAAAAAAAAAUUUCGCUCUCAAAACGGAUUAGCUGAAUUCGAGAAAACUUUUGUUCUUUGUACCAUCGAAACGUUAAUAACUUAUUCAUCUAAUUAAUUUAUUCACAAUUGUUGGCAUGACAAUUGAAGAAGAAAAAAAACAACGACAACAAUUAGAUGAUCAUUUGGAUGGUUAAGUGAUGAUUAAGAAAAAGCGAAAACAAGAAAAACCUUUCGCUAUCAAUGUCGCUGUUUAUUCAAGGGCAAAGGGCUGAAAGUGUAACAAUUUACAAUCGUUACAACGUUAAGAUCGACGGCAAAGUCAAAGUAUAUAAAGGAUCGUCGAUUGGAAUCAAAUAUCAUCAGUUAAUCAUCAACAUUUAUCAAGUAAACAUCAACAGUUAAUCAAAAAUCUUCCAAAAACUUUAUCAACUUUCUUAUUACAAUUAAAAUCUUCAACAAUGUCUUCAUCACAACAACAACUUUUUGGUAAAAUGAUUGUUAAUCUUUCACUUGUUGCCACAUUAAGUUUAAUUGUUUCCCUUAUUGGAUUAACUGGAGCUGUUUCAUCCCAGGAUUCGGUUAAAGCUUCAUCGGCUAAUCUGACUGCUUAUAAUACACCUUAUGCUUAUUAUGAUUACGAACGGGAUCCUCGAAGAUGGUUUGGAAAUGGUCAAUUCGCUCCCGGUGCUUCAUAUGCUGGUCCAUUGGCCCAAUUUCCCGGUGGAUUGGAGGCCAUUGCAAUCGGUUUAAUGAUGGCCGUUGGUGCGGGUUUCAUUGUUAUUCCUCUUAUGAUUAUCCUUUACAUGAUCUUUGUCUCUCCAAAUGGUAAUCCCAAUCUUAAUGGUGGAUUUAAUUUCUCUCAACUUCCAACCACCACCACAAUUGGACGUAAACGACGAGAAGCCGGUGGAAAAUCAGCUGAGGCUCUUGUCGGUGGUUUACCAGAAAUGAUGUCACCAUUUGUCCAAGAGAAAUUACUUUCUUUCUUCAAGAAAUUCGCCAAUGCUCCAGAUCGAAUGGAAUAUAUUAAGAAUAUGCUUAAACCCUAAAGCGAUUUGAUUCUCUUUUUGUUUUCAUAUUUACCUUUUU